AGACGGUCCCUCGGAUGCACUAUGGCGCGCGACACUUCGACGUGUGUGUAGAGAAGUCGACGAGUUUGAUGAGAUCUGAUAUUAAAUCUAAUCUUAAUUACGCGCCUUACCGGACUCGUUAUGGAGGAAAAUCAUGAGAAACCGAGCAAAGAAGUGGAUAUUUAUCGGGACACAUGGGUGCGAUAUCUAGGUUAUGCUAAUGAGGUGGGCGAGGCUUUCAGAGCGCUUGUGCCCGUCAGUGUGGUUUGGGUUAGUUACGCUGUUGCCACGGCAUACGUGUCCGCUGAUGCGCUGGACAAAGGCAAGAAAGCUGCAGCGGCUCAUGGAGAGAAUCCAGGAAAGACGGCGCAGGUGUCCGCAGCUGUGAUCGACACGUUUGUGUGGCAGGCUUUAGCUUCAGUUGCCAUUCCUGGAUUUACUAUUAACCGUGUGUGCGCUGCUUCACUUUACCUGCUGGGCAAAACAACACGCUGGCCGUUACCUGUGCGCAAGUGGACGACCACCGCUGUUGGCCUGUCGACAAUCCCCUUCAUCAUAACUCCUAUUGACAGGUCUGUGGAUUUUCUGUUGGAUUCGAGUCUGAGGAAGCUCUACGGUGGAGGUAAAAAACAUGAAUGAGCGUGAGGGACGUGACCUCUGAACUCUAAUGUGAUCAUCACAACAGAAACUCCAGUGAUCAGCAGGGCUUUAAGAUUGAAAUGCUGCUCAUGUCAACUUUAUUUCUAGAGUUUUUAAAUGAACUGUGCCUCUCAGACAUUUCUGAGUUCAUAGUUUUGUGAGAUUUUUAUUUGUAUGUAUUUUCAUAUGUUUACUUUCCUCUUGUUUAAUGCAUGGGAGUGAAGUUUAGGUCUUUAAAGUGAAUCUACCUGAUGAUGGUAUAAGUGAAGCUUAGCCUUAUUUUAUUUUAAUAAGUGUGAUUGAAAGAGACAUUGUUAAAGUGUUUAAUUCUCUAUAUUUUAUUGUAUAAUCAGUUGCAAUUGAAAUGUCUUUAUUGUUUUUUAUGUAAAGUGUAUGGUGUGGACUACAGGUGAAGAUGACGUCAGUAUUUAAGCCAUUAAACUCUAUGCAAGUUCUGAGAAAACAUGCCAUUAAUAAUAAAAGAUGUUUAAAGAAAUGUUCAG